AUGGGAAAUUGUUGCGGAAACAUUUUCCGACGUCGUAACCAACGUAGACAUAUUGUACUAAUAUUGAUAGGUCUUGAUAACGCGGGAAAAACAAAAACUGUCAAUAAUCUAGCUGGUGAAAAAGAUGAUAAGGUUUUGCCGACUGUAGGUUUCAAAGCUGUGAAUCUUGUGCAUAAAGAUACGCCUGUGACUAUUUAUGAUUUAGGCGGCGGGCCCCAUUUUCGCCAAAUAUGGUCACAGUAUUAUAGCGAAGUGCACGGUGUAAUUUUUGUUAUCGACUCAAGUGAUUUUUCACGGUUGGACGAGUGCAGAGCUGUACUUGAAGAGGUUUUAUCACACGACAAAAUAUCAGAGUGCGUGCCGCAAACGACCGAGGCGCCUUUGAGCAAAACAAAAAUCGACACUCGAUGGCUUGCCCGCGGCGGCGUGCGUGCUUGCCUCGGCCGAGGCACGUCCACGUCGAGACCGAGCAGCCUCACAUGGCAAAAGUCUCGCGAGGCUGCUCGCUCUGCGUGGACCUGUUUAAUAGCAUUGAAUAGACGUAGUAAACCUAUACUGGUCCUGGCCAAUAAACAAGAUAAGACAGGAGCUUUGGAUGACAUCGACGUUGUUGAAAAAUUAAAUAUCGAGCCGUUAGUUAAUAAAUAUCGUUGUCCAACACUAGUGGAAUCCUACAGCGCAUUUACAAUAAACCCCAAAACUAAAAAACUUAAAAUUGAUCCGGGACUCCGCAAAGGAUACCAUUGGUUACUAAACUAUAUUGUGCGACGCUAUGGAGACAUCAAUUUACGCGUACAGACAGACAUCCACGCCGAGCUUGAAAGACGCAAACGGAUGCAAAAUAAAGCAUCCAACACUACAUUACAGACUUUCACAGCUGUGAGUGACGAAAUCGCCACCCAAACUGGAUUCGAAAAUCCGAAUUACGAUCUCGAUAAAUCGACUAAAAUCGACAGCGAUGACUUGCAUACGGACGGACUGAUAAUCGUUAAACCUAUAUCGCAUAACCCUAAUAGCAUCGACUCGACUAUUACAAUCGAGAGUGUUGAGGAUUCCGAUGGUGUCAGUACUGCCAAGCCAAAAUUAUCGCCACUGUUUGGUAGGGCCAGUAAUUCUACUGUUGAAACGGUGAGGAUAGAGUUGGAACCGAGGAGUGAGUUCAGGAAAUUGUCGCCAAUUGUAAGGAACAAGAGUUCAGCGAAUCAGCACAUUGAUUUCAAGAAUAGACCUCAGUCGAGUCCCACUUUUAGAAAGAAAAAGCUGGGCCCAUCAUUGUCUAGUCAAAACUCGUCACUCCAAGACGAGGAAAUGAAGCCGGACGGCGAUUUGCCCUACAUUGGUGACAGGAACCUGACCUGGGACGUUGCCGAUAAGAAGGAAACUGUGCUUAUCAACGCUGCCGAGCUGUCGCAGAUGCAUAGGGAAAUUGUGCUGAAUGAGAGAGACUACAACAACAAGACGGCGUGUUCUGAGGUGACGCUGCAGGCAGCGACCCUGCCACUAAGCCCGCGGCCCGCCUCCGCCUCGCAGCUGGUGCGGAGGCAGCUCGAGUUGUGUUCUCAACACAAACGCCGCCUCAGCCUCAGAUACAUGCAACGCAACAAGACAAGUCCCGAGCGCGUUUCCAUGCUGAUCUACGAGCCGAAGGCGCCCCAGCGUCACCUCGACAAGGGAGACUUCUCACAUUCAGCCACCAUCAACUGA